UUUUUAUAUGUAAAGUUUUUAUAUGAAUGUUAUAAUGCAAAUGAUUUGAUUUUAAUCAUCCAUAUUUUAAAUUUAGAUGAAAUUUCUGUUUUUACACCACUUUAGUUGCAGUUCAAGACGAGUUUUACAUUGUUUUAUCUACUAGUAUGGCUAAACCAGGUUUGAAUACUUCUAAAACCAGUAACACUGCGAUUUUAAAACACAUUUUACAUUUGUCACUCUAUUUUUCAAUACUUUUAUGUUUUCAACUAGUGGGUGGAGGUCUGGAUUUUGAUUUUUGGAAAAAAUUUAUGGAGCCUGUUAGGACUCGUCGCUCGGUAUUGUUUGAAAGAGACAUAGCAAACUAUAAAGUACCAAAUAAUCAACUUAAUGAAUCAUUACUAAUCAAUGGGAGACAUAAACUUGAGUUACCUCAAAAUCCACGUCUAGAAAAAUUUUACAUAAAUUCCUUUAAUAAAAAUGACAAUUUACCUAAUGAUAUAAAUAUGAAUGCCUACUUUGUAAAAUAUGGCUUUUUCUGGACAUGCUUGCUUUUUGGCUUUCGUUGUUUAAAUCUAAUUGCCUUACCUUUGAUGAUUUUUCAUUUUUGUGGACUUGUAUUUUAUCCUGCUUUUCCAGACCCUCCCCACCUUCAUUUAAAACAACAAUUUAGCACACAUGUAUCAAAGUCUAAUGAAAUAAUCAAUUCUAUAGGGAAUUAUGGAGCAACCUCUAAUAUUUCUCAUCCUUUUAUAUGUUUUAGAGUUGUUACUCGUGGUAAUUUCCCUUCCCUUGUCAGAAAAAAUGUUAAAAGAAAUUUAGAGACAUGUCAGAAUCUUGGAAUCGGUCAUUAUAUAAUACAAGUUGUAACAGAUCAAUCAAUUGGACUUCUUAAUCAAAAUGAAAGGAAGGUCGGAGACCGAAUAUUUGAGUUAGUGGUACCAGAUUCUUACCGCACCCCUCGGGGGAGCCUGUUCAAAGCCCGUGCCUUACAAUUUGCACUUGAGGAUGUCAAUCAUUUUUUGAAUGACGAUGAUUGGAUAGUACAUCUGGAUGAAGAGACACUCCUCACUACUGAUUCGCUCAUUGGUAUCUUAAAUUUCAUCUGCGACGGUAAAAACGAUUUUGGACAAGGCCUCAUAACUUAUUCUCGCGAUGGCGUCGUGAAUUGGCUCACCACGCUGGCCGACACGUUUCGCGUAGCUGACGAUAUGGGUAAGAACCGUUUCCAACUAAAAUUCUUCUCUAAGCCGCUUUUUAACUGGAAAGGGAGCUUUGUAGUCACUAGAGCUGCCGCCGAAAGAUGUGUUACCUUUGACGUAGGACCGCAUGGUAGCAUCGCAGAGGAUUGCUAUUUCGCAAUGACUGCCAUCCGUCUCCAGUCUACCUCUGCUGAACAUCGCCGCCACCUGAUAUCGAAAACGGGAGUGAGCGCAGAUCGUACAGACAGAACCCUUAAUUUCUGGUUCGAUUUUGUAGAUGGGGAGAUGUGGGAGAAAUCGCCCUUUACCGUAGGCGACUUUCUGAAGCAACGCAAGCGUUGGCUUCAGGGUAUCUACCUCGUUGUUCAUAAGUGCCCCGAGAUCCCGAUCUGGAGCAGCAAGUUAUGCCUUGCCCUUUUUGUGUACGCUUGGAUACUCAUGCCUGUUAUCCUGCUUAAUGAAGUGCUCAUCAAUCAGCUAUGGCCUCUAAAAGUUCCACGUCUGCUCCGCGUCCUCACUGCCUUUAUAUCUGGCACCACUGUGUAUAUGUAUGCCUUUGGGGCCAUCACAUCUUUUUGCUGUGCGGGGCCAACUGUCCCUACUAAUGCUUCUGCUAUGACGUUAAGUGAUCGUGAUCGCGUUUUCAGCAACAUUGAUUGCCCUGAGAAAAUCGUUCUCCCUAAUUAUACGAAGUCGAUACCUAACGGUCAGUUUGACGCCUCUGUCUUUUGCCCAUCCGGUUCGAAAACGGAUUCUGUCAUUUCGAAUAAUUUAAAUUUUAUGAAGUAUGCACCCAAUCAUUCGAAUUACGACUCUGAUUACCGCCCUAAUUUGCAUGACCUUGAAUCACGCCCCAAUUUGGUCCAAACUGAACUCAAAGAGAGCCGCUCGAAUAAUUUAGUUAGACGUUUUAUCACAUUGUUUCGGCGCCGCUCAACUAUACUAAACAUCUUUCUUCGCUGCAUAAGGGGCCAGACGAUCCCUAAACGCGCGUUUAAACGUAGGAGCCUACUUUUUAUGAACAUUUCAGGCGAUUCAAGCGGUUCACAUUCGAUAAGGCAUUCGAUCUACCAAUUUGCUUUUUUUGCAUUUUGUGUGAUCGGAUCCAUCGCGGUCAUACCUUUUAAUGUCGUUAUUGAGGUCAUAGCGGUGAUAUGGGGUCUUAUAGGUAAGAAGCACCAAUUUUAUAUCGUCUCUAAGCAAAUCGAAAGUUGAUAUUUUUUUAAAAAAAUAAUCCACUCAUCAUGUAUAUUUCAAAAAUUAAUUGCAAAUAUUUUUGAAAAAAACAAGCAUUAUAAAAAUAUCCUUUAUAAUUAUGAUUAUAUAAAAAUAUUUUAUCACAUGGUUUAAUAAAUUUUGUGCAAUUAUUUGUUGAGCGAUUUCAUUUAUAACUUAUUAACGGUAACUUAUAAAUUUAAAUAAAGUUUGAAGUUAAGUCCAGCAAUAAUUAACUAUUUAUCAUUUUCGUGUAAUGCUUCAAAAAUUUUUUUAAAAAAUUAAGUUAUAAAUUAUAUUGUAUCGGGGACCUUUAUAUUUACUUUUUUAUUAUACAUAAAAUUUGUUCUAUUUUUUUUAAAAUGAAUAUUCAUAUUUCAAUCAAACUCAACCCCCCCCCCCCCUUAUUUAAAAUAGGGUCUUUAUUUUUAUAAAAUUUAUUUUAUUUAUAAUUUUAUGGAUAAUCAAAACUUUUUACCUAUUCAACUAUUGAUUCAAUUUUUUUUAUCAUAGGUUUUUCUUCAUUUCUCAAUUUCUAUAUCUUGUAUUGAGCUUAAAAAAUAAAUAACAUUUAAAUUAACUAGGUUUUUAAGCAAAAUAUUCUAAUUAUUGUAUAUGUUUAAUUGUGGUUGUUAUCAGUUUAAAAUUUAUAUAGAAAAUUAUUUAAUUUUGAUAUAAUACAUAUUUUAGCAUAUUUUUAAAAAAAUCAGUUAUUAUUCUUCAAAAUUUAAAGUCUAAUCAUUUUUUCUUAAAAUGUUUACAAUAAAAAAAAUUCUCUUUCCCCCUUUCGAUUAAAUUGAAUCUCUUUUAUCACAUUUUAUUCUAUGUUUUUUUUGCUACUUAUUAUACUAAUUUGAACCCAAUUUAUUAUGUAAAAAUCGCGUUAAAAAAUUAUUUAAUAUAUUUUUAGCAUUCAUUCAUUUAUAUUUUAGUAUAAUACAUACAUAACUCACUUAUUGCGAUCUUAUAUACAAUAUAUUUUGAUGCAUGAAUACCAGGACUAAUUGUUAAUUUCGUCUCUUUUUAAAUAUAAAAUUUUAUUCGAAAAAUGCACGUUGUUAUAUUAUUUUAAUAUUUUUUUCCUUUUAGGAAUAAAAAAAUUUAUUGUAAAA